AUCUCCACCACCUCAACGUUAACCAACCACACUGGCAUUUGCGCGCUUCCCAUCGUUCUCAUAGCACAGGAAAAAUGCACCCUGCGCAACGCAACAAGGUCGACAUUAGCAAACUUACUCCCCAGGAGCAACAGCUCUUUGCGAAGUAUGGUAAGCUUCCGACGCAUAAGAAUGUUCUCAUGAAGAUGCAAAAGGAUCGAAAGUAUUUCGAUUCUGGUGAUUAUGCCCUUUCAAAGGCAGGAAAGGCUCCCCAGAGCACUGUCGGCACUGCCAUCCCCAACCCAGAGAAUAUCCCCCAUGCAUCUACGCCCGUCAACGGCCAUGCCACUCACCCUAUCUCUAUUUCGCCCACGAACUCCAUCAGCAAAGAGAGCGGCCUGGCCACGAGCCCAGUCACGACUUCCAAUGUCGAAGACGAUCAACCGGCUAACAAAGUGGCGGACGAGGCUGAGGAGUCGAUAAAGCCCCAACAUGAUGCCGAUGCAAAGAUCGAGACCACCGCUACCACAACCGUCGAUGUUACCCCAACGUCCACCACCGUCGUUGAGGAGGCUACCACAACCGCGACAUUAUCAAAGUAAAUCGACGCCAUCAGAACUCGGUUUUUGGUUUUGUCCUGCAACAACGCCCCCGCCGCUUCCACCGGCUUAUUUUAUUGGCUUUCUAUAUCUGUGUUGACCAAGCAAACGCAUUCCAAGAGUAUGUGGUAGGGUUCAACCUCGUUAUAAACCGUAUAUGCAUCAUGGUGGUGAGAUGUGGGUCCUGGACCGCUGGCCCUCAUUGCGCAGUGUACUACACUCCAUGCAGUGUGUGUUAGGAUCCCCAUCGCAUCUACACUCCCCCAUUUUUCGGAAUCUUCACCAUGUGUACUACCAGUUGAUUAGACGAUCGUCAGAGGAUUGUUUCCUUUGAU